AUGCACCGCCAACUCGAUCGUGGUCUCACGCUCGCGCAAGCGGCGUCCUCGCGACCUGCACAAGACGAUCUACCGAGCGCGUUGGCCGAUGUGGAAGAAUGCGUUGCUCGCUUGAAGGUGCAUGUAGACAAUGCGUCGCUUCCGCAAUCUAUUCGCCGCAAGAUUCAAGUGGUGUCUGUCGCGGUACAAAGUUUGCGCGCGAACGUUGACGCAGAAUAUGUGCUGCCCACUGCCAGCUCACCUCCAGAACGAAGCGAAUUCAAUUGUGUUGACGUCGCGAUGGAGAAACUCAAGAAACGCAUUCGCGCAGGCAUCCGAAAACGCAUUGUUAUCGACAGCGAAGAAACAGAAUCCGAACCUGAGCAAGCCGCAGGUCCGUCCGUGCCAAGCCUACUCAUCAAGACGGAGGAUCUGGCUGUGAAACAAGAAUGCAGAUCUUUGGACGAAGCUUCUCUUGUGGCGAAAAAGAAGCGCAAACGAAUCAUUCGCAUGAGCAGUUCCAGCGACGAUGAGUGCAAACCACUGAAAGUCAAGGCACCGCCGCCCCGACCUGCGCACACGCAGCACCAUGCUUCCGAUACCGAUACAGAUGACGGCGAUACGACUGGCGCUUUGUCGUACUCGAACCCCGUCCCUUCCCAGUAUGCUCAGAAUUCAACCUCCAGUCUUCCUAAGGUUGAGCCUCCUCCUAUUGCAUCCACUAAUGAUGCUGACAAAUUUGACGUUGAACCGACGGUCAUCUCACCUGCAGCUCCGACAAUCCGUGCACCUCCUUCGUAUGCAAAGCCGACCAGGCCACCUCACGACCCUUCGACGUAUUCAGGGGACAGCUCCGACGACGACAUUGCACGUCCUGCCAUUGCUACUCGGGUGCAUUUCCUGACUUCGACUCCUCGAAGCCAAACACCGGCCCAACGAAAGUCACCUCCGAAACUGGUCACGUCUCCGUCUGUUUCGGCAAAUUCGUCUCCCCGAGAUGCGAAGAGUCCUCUGUCGGCCUCCGCCGAUCCUUCAAGACUUUGCAUGCGACGCCUGGAUGUCCUCAGUAACAUUCACACGUCACACAAUCACAUGGGAAUAUCUGUCUCUGACAACGACAACGGCAUCGUUAAACUUGAACAGUCUCACGACUCGCCAGUGAGAGGCGCGGCGAAUGCAACUCCUGCCGCGUUCCUUGGACAAUCCACCUCUCCGCCCAACGCUUUACCAACGAUACCUUCCAACCCUGGUCCAGUGGAGCUGGCGUCACCCGCAGCCCCACCGUGCCAACCACAACAUGUCCCAUCGCCAUUGUCCCAUGCGCUCCAUACCACCGCCAUCAUGGUUGUUUCUAACAGCUGCGCCGACAACAACCCACCUGUUCAAAAAGUCACGUCAAAUGACGUCGAAGCUGUCAUCGAAGUCUCGUCGUCCGACUCAUCAUCAGACUCGUCGUCUGGGAAACCAGCGCACAAGAGGCGAGUAUCAGUGUGGCACACGACCCCCGUGGGCCAGACCAGCGCCGCCAAGGCGUCAUCGGAUGAUGAUUCGUCCAGCAGUUCGGACGACGAAGCCCCGGCACGACAACCCAUUCUGUCUCGUCGACCGACCUUGUCGAACGCGGGCGGCAACACCUUGGCAUCGCCCCACCGCGGCCCACUCUGGCCCAGCUUGGACAAAUUCAUCGCGAUGCUCGUGAGUCCGUCGCGGCCGCGCCUCCUCCCUGACCAUUUUGUCUUUCCCAAGACGUAUUCGUCCGUGGCCCAUUACAUGAGCGGGCUGCAACAAGCAAUCGUCGAGGAAUCGUUGUGUGCAUUUGAUAGCAAGUCCAACAAGCAAUCUCGUUUGACCACCGCGUCGAUUGUCGCUGUGUCGCCGUACAACGCGUUACUUCAAUCCGUGCUCUUUCGCCUGCCCAAACCCAACAAAUCCAAAUCGAAAAGCCCGUCCGUGUCGACGCCGACGCUGCUGCAAUCCCAUGACGUGCUGUUGCUCCGCCCAAAGUCGAGUCGGAUGUCGAGUGAAAGCUACAACUCGAACGCGGGUAUUCCAGGCAUUGCCAUGUCCACUUCCCUCACUCAAGAGGACAUUGUCGUACUCGUCUCAACAGCGCAUUCGAUUGACACACUUCUUUCGUACGACAUCUACCUCAUUGGGAACCUCACAACCGGGUCGCGGGAGUACCAGGCGGCCCUAUCUCUGCCGUCAUGGCCGGCGUCGCUGCAAUCGAUCCUUACCAGUGCUGUCAUCCCGACGUCAACAUCGCUUGGGAUGGUCCCGCCGUCGCUAAUCCCGUCGCUACGAAAACAUUUCAACGACCAUCAGUUCAAAGCCAUUCAAAUGGCGAUUCACCAGCCCAUGACGUUGAUCCAAGGGCCCCCAGGGACUGGCAAGACUCACACCAUUCUUGGUAUUAUCCAAGCGCUGCUGCUUCAGCCGUCCAGUCGCCGCGCCAAGAUCUCGGUCGGCGCAGCGCUCGGUGUCAAUACCCAGCCUGACAUUCGGUUGCUCGUGACGGCGCCUUCCAACGCCGCCGUGAACGUCAUUCUUCACAAAAUCCAAGCCCAGUACCCCGACUUAGCGAUGGUGCGCCUCGGGCAGCCGACGUCGUCGUCCCUCGUGUGGCUCGAAAAUCUCAUCGAGUUCGAUAAAUCCAAGAAGCUCGUUGGCAACGAUUGGAGCUCCCAAGAAGCUCGAGAACGUCUGCUCGAUGGCGCGCAAGUGGUGUUUUGCACGCUCAGCGGCGCAGGGUCGUGGAGUAUGUGGAACCCGAAGCGCAGUCAUUUUGACGCGGUCAUUGUCGACGAAGCUGCUCAGGCCACCGAAGCAAGCAGCUUGAUUCCCUUGCGAUUCUGCGCGCAAAGAUAUAUCUUGGUCGGGGACCACAAGCAACUGCCCGCCACGAUUCUGUCGACACGGCUCUCGCGCAUGGACUACGACCACAGUUUGUUCCAACGUCUUGUCAACAAUCGUGCGAACGACGUGAUCAUGCUGCGAGAGCAGUAUCGCAUGCACCCCGACAUUGCGUCGUUGCCGUCGCGGAUGUUUUACUCUAACGACCUGGUCAACGUGCACCACCACCCUCCCGACACGGUGUACCACACGGCGGGGUUUCCGCCGUACAUGUUUUACGACGUCAUGGACGGCGCUCAGUCGCGCGUGGAGACGUCGUACCGCAACGUCCCGGAAGUGUCGUUUAUCGCGACGCGGUUGAAGGCGCUGCUGAAGAUUCCGUACGAUUUCAAAAACAAGAUCGGGAUCAUCUCGCCGUACAAAAGUCAGAUCGAAGCGAUCAAGGAAGCGCUGGAUGAGGCCAAGUUGUCCAAAGCCAAGAUCGAAGUGAACACGGUCGACGGGUUCCAAGGACGUGAAAAGGAAAUCAUCAUUGUGUCGUGUGUGCGCACUCUACGCGGCGGAGACAAUAGCUUUUGGGGCGACGUUCGUCGGAUGAACGUGUCCCUUACACGCGCCAUCUCGAGCUGCUGGGUUGUUGGCAACUCCAACUUGCUCCAGGAAAGCCCCGCUUGGGCAGAGCUCCUCGACGACUGCAAGCGCCGCGGCGUGUAUCACAAGGUGGCUGCCCAGACGCCUGUCAAGGCCGCACCGACAUCACUUUCUCAUGGGGCUGGACUGACGGCGGCCGCACCCACGCGAUUGGGUGCUGGAACAUAGGGGCGGCAACGACCAACAUUCUUGUUAGGUCGAACCUGGGUAAAGAAAUCCCAGAGUGGCACUUUAUCCUUCUUUUAAUCUGCUAGGACAGCACUACUACCAACACUCUUGUUAUGUUUUAAUUUUUGAAUCGAGC